UGGAUUCAAACCCACAUUGUUCAGAACAUGGCGAAUGCGGGACUUGCUCACAAACCACUCAGCCACCGCCUCCUCAAGUUAGUUUCAACAUAUGAAUUUCUCACGCGUGGGUACCCUGUACACUGUACCAGGCUCAUGAGUGAGACUUCGAAGUGAAGUGGUUAAACACAAGUUUCAUUGGUACCUAAUGUUUUACAUGUGGCUUUGAACCUGUGCAAUUUGGACUGACAGUUUUGGUGUUGGACAUCUGUCCAGCAGCACCAUAUAGUGGCUCCCAUAGCUUAGUAACUUUAUUGUCUUUGAAGGAUGUUCUUUGAUAUGUAUGAAUUUUCUUCCUCAGAACAUCAUGGCAGCAAUGUUUACUUCUCCAUGCAGAGUGCUCUCUUCCAUCAGACUUGCAAGAUGCAUUUGUAACACCUCUGUUUCUUUCACAGGGUACCUGGAGUCGCCUUCGGAGAGGCUUUUGCUCACGAGCCCCAACGCCGUGACGUCGCUUCCUGCCACGACGGUGAUAUGUGCGGGUAAAGGAAUUCGAGGUUCUGUAAAGGGCCUUGGCUUACGAGAGAAGGAACUGCAGGAGCUGGAAGCAGAAGACUUGGAGAACAUGACUGAGGCCUCUCUUGACAGCUUCAAUCAGGAGGCUGCCAACAUUGAAGGGUAAGAUAGGAAAACAUUAUCCUACUGCUGAAUGGACUUGAAGUCGAAUAAAAAUGGCAGAUGUGGACGGUA